AUGAACGGCCAUAAGAAGCUCAGUACGCGCUACGCAUUGCCAAGUAAUUCUACGCAAAUUGCAGAACCAACAGCGGACCACAACGAAAUGGAAACCGAACCAGAACCAGUUAGUGACGAAAUCACGGAAUACCCCUCGCGUUCUUCACAUCGGUUGGUCCUACUGUUCGGCAUAUGUUUGAUGUGCCUGCUCCAAGGUGCCACAGCCGGUAAAGUGAAGCUCUUUGCAUUUAAGGGUCCGCAUGCCGGAUUUGUUGGAUUGAAAGUACGAACUCCAAAGUUGCUAGGACUUAAGCAUGGACUGGUGGGACAUAGUGGCGGAUUCGGUGGCGGCUUUGGUGGUGGCUUCGGUGGUUCAGUAGGCGUCGGCGGAGGCUUCGGCGGUGGCCACAGUAGCGGCUAUGAGCAUCACGAGGAAUAUCAUCACGAGAGCCACUACAGCAGCGGGGGAAGCUAUGGAGGUGGCAGUUUCGGAGGCGGCUUGUGGGGAAAAUAA